AUGCACGUCUGCGAGUCUCUUCCUCUCCUUCUCCCUCUUCCUCUUAUCAAUCUCCAAAGCUUCUUCUUCCCUCUUCCUCUCUUUGUUAUUGGCGUCAUUUUGGAGGACCCAUCUGUUACAGAUGAUAUGGCCACUAAUCAAGCCACUUCAGCGGAUGAGGAUUUAAUAAAUUAUAUUGACUUCCGUGAAGAUUGCAUGCCAAAUGAAUUAUGUAAUAAAGUGGAAUAUGAUGAAAUGAGAGAUGACAAUAUUGAUGAAAUGGAAGAUGAUAUAGCUAAUGACUUGCUUGAUAAUGAGUCGAAUGUCAUUCCAUUAUCACUGACAAAGAGUACUAAUGUUAUGAUUGAGGUUGGAAUGAAAUUUUCGGAACGAAAGGAUGUAGUAGACUUGUAUUCAACAUUUGGUAGGGCAAGAGGUUUUGGAAUCCGGACUAGAACAUCCAAGGAGAACUAUGUGAUGCUAACAUGUGUUAGAGGGGGUUAUCAUCAAUCGAAAAAGGGAAAAGAUGUGGGUGGAAUGUCUGAAACCAAACCAAGGCGGACAUCAUCAUCACGUAUAGGGUGUGAAGCUUGUCUCAAGGCUUCUAGAGAUAAAAAAACAAACGCGUGGAGAAUUACAUAUUUCACUGACAAACAUAACCAUGAGAUGGUUACUCUAAAAAGUGUUUCAUAUUUGAGAUCAUAUAGAAAAAUGCCUGAGGCAACAAAAUGUUUGAUAGAAAAAUUCAAUGACGCGGGUUUGCCCACUGGAAAGGUGGCCACCAUCUUCAAAUCCCAUGAUUUAGGGAUUGAUAGUCAAGAUUGUUAUAAUCAUAUGAAAAAUGUGAGGAGAAGGAUAUUCGACGUCGGGGAUGCACAGGCUGUGCUACUUUAUUGUAUUAAACAACAGUCAUUGAAUCCUGAAUUUUUUUAUUCUAUUAUGUGUGAUGAGGAUGAUCGGAUGGUUAGCUUUUUUUGGAUUGAUGCAAGAUCCAGGCACGCCUAUGAGCUUUUUGGGGAUGUCAUCACAUUUGACACGACAUAUAGGACUAAUAAGUAUUCGAUGCCAUUUGGACCCUUUGUCGGUGUAAAUAAUCAUUUACAAUCCAUUUUGUUCGGAUGUGCUUUAUUGCAAGAUGAAACUGAGGAUACUUUUAUAUGGCUAUUUGAAGAAUGGCUUCGAGCAAUGAAUGGGAAACAUCUGAUCGCCAUAAUUACUGACCAGGACUUGUCAAUUAGCAAUGCAGUCUCCAAAAUUUUUCCAAAUGCCAAACAUCGAUAUUGUAUAUGGCAUAUCAUGAAAAAAUUUCCAGAGAAGUUGUCUCAUGUCUACCAUGAGAACGCGUCAUUUAAGAAGCAUUUCAAUGAGUGUAUUUGGAGGUCCAAGAGCACUCAAGAGUUUGAAGACAGGUGGAAACAUCUUCUUGUUGAAUAUGGUCUUGAUGAAAAUGAGUGGUUGCGUGGACUUUAUUCUAUUAGAUCAUCUUGGGUACCAAUAUUUAAUAGUUCGACUUUCUUUGCUGGUAUGAAUACUACUCAGCGCAACGAAAGUAUAAAUUCAUUCUUUGAUAGUUUUGUUAUAUCUAGCACAACAUUAAAGGAAUUUGUGGAGAAAUACAACCAAGCAGUAGAUGUUCUCUACGAAUCAUUCAAAAAAGAAGACUUUGAAUCUAAGCACAAAGAAAGGCUUUUGGCAUUUCAUAUGCCAUUGGAGGAGCAUGCAACUAAAGUGUAUACCCGUGCAAUAUUUUUGAAAUUUAGUAGUGAGCUUUCUCUUAGUUUACAGUUCUCUAAGGAGAAAUUUGACAAUGGUGGUGAAUGGGUUACAUAUACAGUUUUUAAUAGGAAAGACAAAGAAGAUUCUGCAAUAGUUGAGAUGAAAUUGGAAAGUAUAGAAGCCAGGUGUUCUUGUCAUUAUUUUGAAUUCAUGGGAAUUCUAUGUCGGCAUAUUCUUGCUACAUUUUUGAUUGAAAAUGUUGAGCAGAUCCCUGAACACUUCAUCUUGCGUCGCUGGAGCAAGGAAGGAAAUGUUAUACAAAGUACAAACAUGGACAUAUGUACGACUGAUGGAGAUAAACUACUUCGGAGCUUUCUCCUACGCUCUAGAUAUUCCAAGCUUGAUGAGCUUGUAUAA